AUGUAUGCUUUCGUUGCACUAUAUCCGUCUAUAAAAGGAUGGCAGUAUUGCAAACCAUUUGUUGUUAUAGAUGGAACCUUUCUUAAAUCGGCAUAUAGAGGAACACUAUUGAUAGCAUCAACACAAGAUCCACCAGGUAAUAUCCUACCACUCGCAUAUGCCAUAGUAGAUUCAGAGAAUAAUGCUUCCUGGGAGUGGUUUUUUGCGAUAUUCAAGGAUGCAUUUAGGGAAAGGGAGGGAAUAUGCAUAGUCUCGGGCAGGCAUGAAGGCAUUGAAAAUGCAGCGGCAACAUUGUAUACACAAGUACCUCAUUGUGUCUGCAUAUGGCAUCUAUGGAAUAAUGUAAAAACAAAUUACAAAAAAAACCAUUUGCUGCUCAAAGACAUAUUCUUUGCUAUGGCCAAAGCAUACACAGUUGAGAAGUUUGAUUACCACAUGGCAGAAGUAGAGAAAAUUGAUAAGAGGGUCAAAGAUUACUUAAUGAAUGUUGGGUAUGAAAGAUGGUCCAGAGCACGUUCCACUGUCAACAGAACAUUGACGAUGACUUCAAACAUUGCGGAGUCGAUCAAUGCAGCACUCAAGGCUGCUAGGGAACUCCCAGUGACCCCUACGACGAGUUACUUAUAUUCAGUACUUGACAAGGGUAAGCAAAGAAUGGUGUUCCUAAAAGAUCGAACUUGCACCUGUAGAAGGUUUCAGUUGGAUGAGCUGCCAUGUGCACAUGCUUGGGCAGUAUUAAAAUACAAAUACAUUGAUCACAUUGAGUAUUGCUCGGUGUACUACACCACGAAGUACCUAUUGAAGACCUAUGAAAUUCCAAUUUAUCCGGUUCCUGAUGAAAGCACAUGGGAAAUUCCUGCAAAAGUUCUAAAUGAAAAAGUCUUGCCACCAGACAUGACUAAAACAAUAGGAAGGCCAAGGAAGGGGAGGUGCAAGCCAAUAUCUGAAAGGGAACGAAAAAGAUCGAUUUCAUGUGGACAGUGUGGAGAAGAAGGUCACAACAGGAAAACUUGA